CACACACAACACAGUCCCACUGUGCAACAUAAUAAGAGUCACAAGUGCUCAAACCGAGGACGCAUCAGUCGGUCCCGAGCGUACAGGAGUGCAGAAGCGGGUGUAGUAUGAUGUCGUACAGGUGUGUGUUGUGUCUGUGUGUGCUGGGGUGUGUGUGGCUCAGCACUGGAUCCAGCACAGAGGAGCGGAUGAAGCUGGUGGCUUUACUGCGCAGUGUGUCUCCAGCAGCACUGAUCUCAGAUCAGCCCCUCAUCAAGGACCAACACGCUUCUGCUGGGCCCAAACUGCUCCUUAAAGACGGGAUCAUCCAGGGCCUGACGCUGGACAAAUCUCAUGUUUUUUAUGGUAUCCCGUUCGCGGACCCGCCUGUGGCAGCGUCCCGCUGGAAGGCCCCCCGGCCCGUCACACCGUGGAGAGGGGUGCGAGACGCCACCUAUCCCAGAGCGCCGUGCAUGCAGGCCUGCGUCGGACCCAUCGCUGACGAGUGUCAAAAGAAGGUGAGUGAGGACUGUCUGUACCUGAACGUGUUUGUUCCUCUGAGCGGGAACUCCUCGGCUCCUCUCCCAGUGAUGGUGUGGAUCCACGGCGGAGACUUCAUCGCGGGAUCCGCCUCGAAAGCGCUUUACGACGGACGAUUCAUCAGCAACUUCACUCGGACUGUGGUCGUGAGCAUCGCCUACCGCCUCGGGGCUUUCGGCUUUCUAGUGUCGGGAAAAGACCCGGGAACGUCAGCGGUGGGGAAUUAUGGGAUUCUGGAUCAGCAAGCGGCUUUGCUCUGGGUGCAACAGAACAUCGCUGUGUUUGGAGGAGACCAAAGCAAAGUGACUGUUUUCGGCGAGAGCGCAGGCGCUCAGUCGGUCAGUCUACAUCUGAUGAUCCAGAGCAGCAAACCACUCUUCAGACAGGCCGUUCUCCAGAGUUUACCCUUCUCCAUUCCUCUGAAAACACGGCACGAGUCUCUGAAGCUGGGGAAGAACUUUGCAAAGCUGGCCAACUGCUCGCUCGUGGACUUGCAGUGUCUUCUGUCUCUCAGUUCUCAGGCGGUGCUGGACGUACAGAUCAAAUCCAGCUCAAAGGUGGUGAAUCCCUUCCGCUUUCUGGAGGUGUUUGAGAGCUGGGGGCCUUAUAUCGACGGAGAACUGAUCCAGGAACAGUUCGUCAGCGCCUUUCAGAAAGGACACUGGCAGAAGGAGAAACCCGUGCUGCUCGGGAGCACCUCAGAAGAAGGUGUGAUCUUUGUGUACGGUGUGUUCACCAAGCCUGUGUCACCGGUCGAAUGCACUGUCUACACGACGGCCAUCUUCAAACAUCACGCCAUCAAAAUCCUGCGCAAAUACCUGCCGCUCUACACACACGCAGACCGCAGGGACAUGCUAGCACAGAUAGUGACUGACUACAUCUUCCUGUGUCCGUCCCGGAGAGUGGCCCGUGCCGGUGUGUUGUCCGGGAGCUCCGUGUGGAUGUACGUAUUCGAUCACGUGGCGAGUGACCAUCGCGUGUGGUCGGGCCUGUCGUUCUGUUAUCAUCACGUGUGUCACGGAGCAGAGCUGCCGUUCCUGUUUGGCUCGGCCGCGGUGGCAAACUUCACAAUGACUCGACCCGAGCGACUGCUGUCCAAUCGCAUGCUGUGUUCCUGGGGUGCGUUCGCCCACGCGGCUGACCCCGGGUCACACACCCACGCGACCGCCUUCUGCCAGCAGCAACGGCCACCGGCAUGGCCUCGCUACACGGCUAACAGCGGCUGGCUGAUCAUGAACCUCACGACACACACACACACUCAGCCAGGGUCACGCGACGACAUCUGCGACUUCUGGGACACACUGGGAAUAUACCCGUGAUACUGUUUCUCCUA